AUGGCCUCCUCCAGCAGUCUCCUGUCUGAAGAUCAGUUCCUGUGUUCUGUCUGUCUGGAUGUGUUCACUGACCCUGUUACCACUCCAUGUGGUCACAACUUCUGCAUGACCUGUCUCAAUGAACACUGGGAUAGGAGUGAGCACUGCCUGUGUCCUCUCUGUAAGGAGCAGUUUAAUGUUAGACCUGAACUCAAGAUCAACAGAAUGUUUAGAGAGGUUGUAGAUCAUUUGAGGAGAAGGAGAGACCCUGUCAAACCUGGGAAGGUGCCCUGUGACAUCUGCACCUGUGAGAGACUGAAGGCUGUGAAGUCCUGUCUGGACUGUGGGUUGAGUUUCUGUGAAACUCACCUGGAGCCUCAUAAAACUGCAGCCAAACUCAGGAAGCAUAAACUGAUGGAUCCUGUGGAGAACCUGGAGGACUAUAUAUGUCAGAAACAUGACAGACCCCUGGAGCUGUUCUGUAGAGAUGACCAGACAUGUGUGUGUCAGUUCUGUACUGAGGGAGACCACAAGACUCACAACACUGUUCCUCUAGAGGAGGAGAGUGAGCAGAGGAAGUCUGAGCUGGGGAAAACACAGACAGAGGUUCAGAAGAUGAUCCAGGACAAACUGAAGAAGAUUAAAGAGAUCAGACACUCAGAGGAGCUCAGAAAAGCAUCCACAGAGAGACAGAUAGCAGACAGUGUGGAGGUGUUCCGUUCUCUGAUUGGCUGUAUUGAGAGAAGUCAGGCUGAGCUGAUUGAGCUGAUGGAGGAGAAACAGAAAGCAGCAGAGAGGCAGGCUGAAGGUCUCAUUAAAGAGCUGGAGCAGGAGAUCACUGAGCUGAAGAGGAGAGACACUGAGCUGGAGCAGCUCUCCCACUCUGAAGAUCACCUCCACCUCCUACAGGUUUACCCAACACUGUGCAGCCCUCCACACACCACACACUCCACUGACAUCAGUAUUGACCCUCACCUGUGUGUGGACACUCUGAGGGAAGCUCUGGAACAGCUGGAGAAAUCAUUUAAUGAGGAAAUGGAGAAAGUUCCUGAAAUAAAAAUGAAGAGAAUAAAACAGUAUGCAGUGGAUGUGACGGUGAAUCCUGAUACAGCCCAUCCCAGUCUCUUCUUAACUGGUAAUGGCAAACGAGUUGGACACGGAGACGCCCCUCAGAGAGUCUGUGGUAACCCACAGAGGUUUAACUGCUGUGUCUACGCCCUGGGGAAGGAGGGCUUCUCCUCAGGGAAGUUUUACCAUGAGGUUCAGGUGAAGGGGAAGACAUGGUGGACCCUGGGUGUGGCCAGUGAAUUCAGUACCAGGAAGGGAGUUAUAACACUGAGUCCUGACAACGGAUUCUGGACCGUGGCUUUGGAGAAAGGAGAUGAGUAUUCGGCUAACGGCUGUCGCCCAAUCUGUCUCUCUCUGAGUCAGAAACCCCAGAGGGUGGGGGUGUUUGUGGAUUAUGAGGAGGGUCGAGUCUCCUUCUAUGAUGUGGAGGCCAGUUCUCAUAUCUACUCUUUCACUGGUCAGACUUUCACUGAGAAACUCUAUCCGUUCUUCGGCCCUGGUCUGAGUGGAGGGGAAAAUUCAGCCCCUCUGAUCAUCUGUCUCUAG